AGAACUCCAGCAAGCCUUGUCAAAUGGUACCUGGACACCCUUCAAUCCAACAACUUUGUGUUCCAUAAUCUCCAUGUUUGACCGAGAAAAUAAGGGUGGCGUGACCUUCAACAAGUUUUCUGGGGGUUGGAAGUACAUAACAGACUAUCUUUCGAACCUAUGACAGAGACAAUUCAGGGAUGAUCGACAAAAACAAACUAAAGCCAUCGCUAACAGGUUUUGGCUAUCGUCUAACAGAUCAGUUCUAUGAUGUUCUCAUUCGCAAAUUCGACAGACAAAGAAGGGGACAAGUUGCUUUUGAUUACUUCAUUCAGUGCUGUAUUGUUUUACAGAGACUGACUGAUGUCUUCCGGAGAUAUGACACAGACCAGGAUGGCUGGAUCCAAGUAUCUUAUGAACAAUAUCUUUAUAUGGUCUUCAGCAUUGUAUAAUGCCAUACCAGUAUAGACUAGAAUUGCCAAAACCCCAUAUUUUCUUACUAUACUUGAG